AUGUCUCGGCGCGGCGCCGAGGCACAGAGCCGCUGCGAUGCAGCGGCGGCAAGGCACGGCGGCGAAAGCACCAUCGCCGGGCAGUCUCGGGGUGGCGUGGAGGGCCACUCGAGCUCUGCCGGCGGGGCGGCCGCCGCUCACGGGCACGCGACGCGAGGAGGCGUCGCCGAGGGCGUCGAGGAGGCGCUCGACGAGGCGCGGCCGCGGGCCGGGUCCUCUCGGAGCCGCGGAGGCGCCGCUGCAGGCGGCGGCGGCGAGAGCGGUUCAGAGGAUGAGGGUUCAGAGGACGAGGGUUCAGAGGACGAGGGUUCAGAGGACGAGGGUUCAGAGGACGAGGGGUCAGAGGACGAGGGUUCAGAGGACGAGGGUUCAGAGGACGAGGGUUCAGAGGACGAGGGUUCAGAGGACGAGGGUUCAGAGGACGAGGGUUCAGAGGACGAGGGUUCAGAGGACGAGGGUUCAGAGGACGAGGAGGUCAGCAGGCAGAGCGGCUGUGGCGGUGAGGGCCAUGCGGGCUCUGCUGCCGGCUCGCUCGCCUCUCUCGAGGAUGCGACGGCCGGGACAGCCGUCGCUGCAGCCGGCGGCACCGCGCCGCCUGACGAGCCGCGUCCGUGGACAGCGGCGAGCACCCGCUGCUGGGCGAGAGCAGCGGCUCAAGUCGGCGUCGAUGGCGCCGUCGCCGCAAAGCGUGAUCGAGAUCGCUUUGGCGGAGGCGCGAGCGACGCGGUGCACGACGAGAGGGCGGGCCUCGUCUCGGUGGGCGGCGGCGGGCCGCCUGGCAUGUCUCGGCUCGGCGCCGAGGCACAGAGCCGCUGCGAGGCAGCGGCGGCAACGCGCGGCGGCGGAGGCACCAUCGACGGGCAGUCUCGGGGUGGCGUGGAGGGCCACUCGAGCUCUGCCGGCGGUGCGGUCGCCACGAACGGGCACGCGACGCGAGGAGGCGUCGCCGAGGGCGUCGACGAGGCGCUCGACGAGGCGCGGCCGCGGGCCGGGUCCUCUCGGAGCCGCGGAGGCGCCGCUGCAGGCGGCGGCGGCGAGAGCGAAGUCAGCAGGCAGAGCGGCUGUGGCGGUGAGGGCCAUGCGGGCUCUGCUGCCGGCUCGCUCGCCUCUCUCGAGGACGCGACGGCCGGGACAGCCGUCGCUGCAGCCGGCGGCACCGCGCCGCCUGACGAGCCGCGUCCGUGGACAGCGGCGAGCACCCGCUGCUGGGCGAGGCGCGGCGACGAAAGCACCAUCGCCGGGCAGUCUCGGGGUGGCGUGGAGGGCCACUCGAGCUCUGCCGGCGGUGCGGUCGCCACGCACGGGCACGCGACGCGAGGAGGCGUCGCCGAGGGCGUCGACGAGGCGCUCGACGAGGCGCGGCCGCGGGCCGGGUCCUCUCGGAGCCGCGGAGGCGCCGCUGCAGGCGGCGGCGGCGAGAGCGAGGCAGUUCACUUUGGGGGCUACGGGUAUCCCCCCUGGCUAUACUUUGAGAUUAGGCAUCAAAAGUGGUUCACAGUGGAGGCGGUCGCCGUCCUACAGGGAGUCGGCCGGCGCGAAGCGACGACCGCCGAGCUUUAG